CGAUCGCGGCAGCGUUUCACGUGAUACCCUGGCAGCACAAACCGCGAAGAAGAAGAAAGAAGCUGUUGGGAUGGCGAUGAAGCAGUGCGUGCUGUCCUCCCUGCCGGCGUUAGUUGGCGUGAUCAUCUGCCUAUGGCCUUCGCAUGCAUCUCCUCCCAUCGCACGACCAGCCCUCUUCCUGCCGACACGCACACGCCACGACGACACCUACUCGCCAGCAAUCGUCACCGAGCGACUUCCCUCACGCCGGCCACUGCCAUCUGUCAAGGCGUCCCGUUCUUACCUCAUCAACAACGCCAAGGGGACGGCACAGAGCGUCAAGAAGCAGUUGCUGAGCCUGUUUGCGGGCGGCAUGGCCGGUACUAUCGCAUCGUCCAUCACCACGCCGAUAGAGGUGGUCAAGACGCAGCUCCAGGCGAGUGCUGCGGGGGGGCAUCAGAACUUCUUCCAGGCGGCAAAGGCGGUCUAUGACUCGGGUGGACUGCCGGCAUUCUACCGUGGCCUUGCACCGACGCUGGUCGGCAUCAUUCCGGCGCGGUCGAUAUACUUCUGGGGCUACUCGACCAUGAAGUCGUUUCUGUUUCCCUACAUGGACAACAGCCCCCUCACACAUAUACUCAGUGCUGCUGUGGCCGGGGGCAUAUCAAACACUGGUGAGUCAGGCACAUGGCACACUGGGACAGGUCAUGCGUACAUUCACUCGUCGUUGUCCCCUGUGCUGCGUGCCUUUCUUGCUUACUCUCAGUGACAAAUCCCAUCUGGAUGGUCCGCACCCGGCUGCAGCUGCUGGCACAGCCGGGGCAGUCAGCCUACAAGGGAUACACGGACGCCGUUCGGCAGAUCUGGGCCAACGAGGGCUUCGGCGGCUUCAUGAAGGGCGUCACGGCCUCCUACUGGGGCAUUUCCGAGGGCUGCAUCAACUGGGUGGUCUACGAGCGACUCAAGAAGGUCGUCAACAGCCACAUGCACACGAACGGCACAUCCACCCUCCUCCCUCUCCCCAAGAACGCUCAGCUCUUCCUCAGCGCAGCGUGCUCCAAGCUGCUGGCCACAUCGUGCACCUACCCACAUGAAGUGGUCCGUACGCGGCUUCGCGAGCAGGCCGUUGGUGGCGUCUACAAAUACACGGGCAUGCUGCAGGCGCUGCGGCUCAUUGCCAGAGAGGAGGGCAGGCGGGGCCUGUACGCCGGCUUCAGGACGCACCUGCUGCGUGUGGUGCCCAACAAUGCGAUACUGUUCCUGUCUUACGAGCUCAUCAACGCGUGGCUGCAUACGCAGAUGGAACGGGAGGAGGAGGAGACCGGGCAGAUCGACAGGGGACCGAGGAACAAGAAGGGGGAAGGGGCGAAGGGGAAGGUGGCAGCCCUCAUCGCGCCAAGAAGGCCACUGGCUGCCAGUUGAGAUGAGAUGAGGGACGGGAGGCAGAGGGGCCUUGCCUGGACAGUGUCUCUGUCUGCGAAUGAAGUUGGGUGGCGGUGAGAGGAUGGUUUUGGAGUGUACAGAAUGAUGGCUGGUGCAUCAGUUGCACCGCAGUGGGGGAGGAUGUUGUAUGUUGGGGUGUGUGUUUUGUGUCGUCCCUUGUGCGUGUGCAUAUGAUUGACGUGUCUGUGCUUGUAUGUAGAGAGCCGACGGGCUGACUGACUGACCAGCUGGAUCGAUGAAUCGAUGGAUGGAUUUGACAGCCGUAUGUUUUGAUUUUUCACAGGUGCAUUUUCCUCAGCUUCGCCGCAGCUGAUCGACGAUUUUGAUACGGACGACAGCUACCUCAUGUGCUGCGUGU